GAUGAAUGCAGGUCGUAAAGAAGAAGAAAAACAUAGCACUGAUACGGCACCGUUUUAUAAGCUAUUUGCAUAUGCAGAUUCCACAGAUUACAUGUUGAUGAUUGCUGGUACGGUUGGCGCGGUUGGUAAUGGAUUAUGUGCACCCCUCAUGAGUGUUCUGUUGGGUGACCUUACUAAUUCUUUUGGCGAAAACCAGAAUAACAAUUAUGUGGUUCUUGCUGUUUCUAAGGUAUCAUUGAAAUUUAUGAACGUGGCUGUUGCGGCUGGUGUGGUCUCAUUCCUCCAGGUUGCAAUGUGGAUGACAACAGGAGAAAGACAAGCUGCAAGAAUAAGGAAUUUGUAUCUAAAAACAAUAUUAAGACAAGAUGUUUCCUUCUUUGACAAGGAAACACACACUGGGGAAGUUGUUGGCAGGAUGUCCGGUGAUACAGUCCUCAUACAAGACGCCUUGGGGGAAAAGGUUGGAAAAUUCAUACAACUAAUGUCCACAUUUGUGGGAGGUUUUGUUAUAGCGUUUUUCAACGGAUGGCUUCUUACACUUGUCAUGUUAACAUCGAUUCCGCCAUUGGUGAUUUGCGGUGGAAUUAUGUCAGUAACCGUAUCCAAGAUGGCAUCACGAGAACAGAACGCUUAUGCUAAAGCAGCAAAUAUAGUCGAACAGACAAUCGGCUCAACCAAGAUGGUUGCUGCUUUCUCGGGGGAGAAAAAAGCGGUGGAUGAAUACAAUAAGUUCCUUGUUGAUGCUUACAAUUCUAGUGUUCAUCAGGGUCUAGCCACUGGGCUUUGUCUUGGAUUGAUGAUGUUGGUUAUAUUAUGUAGUUAUGCCUUGGCAUUUUGGUAUGGCGCUAAGAUGAUACUCGAGAAAGGGUACACUGGGGGCACGGUGAUUACUGUAAUGAUUGCUGUGCUCACUGGAUCCAUGUCUCUUGGGCAGGUGUCAUCGUGUUUGAGUGCAUUUGCAACAGGCCGGGCAGCAGCAUUCAAGAUGUUUGAAACUAUAAACAGAAAGCCCGAAAUAGAUGCAUAUGACACAAAAGGGAAAGUAUUAUCCGAUAUUCGUGGUGACAUAGAAUUAAGAGAUGUGUAUUUCACUUAUCCAGCAAGACCAGAUGAGGAAAUAUUCAGUGGGUUUUCUCUUCAUGUCCCAAGUGGGACGACUGCAGCUUUGGUUGGUCAAAGUGGAAGCGGAAAGUCAACGGUGAUCAGCCUAAUAGAGAGAUUUUAUGAUCCUCAAGCAGGGGAAGUUCUUAUUGAUGGUAUUAAUCUCAAAGAAUUCCAAUUAAAAUGGAUUAGACAGAAAAUUGGUCUUGUUAGCCAGGAACCAGUUUUGUUUACAUCCAGCAUUAAGGAUAAUAUUAUGUACGGGAAGGAUGACGCUUCUAUGGAUGAGAUACGAGCAGCAGUCGAGCUUGCAAAUGCUGCUAAAUUCAUCGAUGAACUACCUCAGGGACUGGAUACCAUGGUUGGUGAGCAUGGAACACAACUAUCAGGUGGACAGAAGCAAAGAAUUGCUAUUGCCAGAGCGGUUCUUAAAGAUCCUAGAAUCCUUCUUUUGGAUGAAGCAACAAGUGCACUCGACGCAGAAUCUGAGAGACUUGUGCAGGAGGCACUGGACCGGAUAAUGGUGAAUAGAACAACCGUCAUUGUUGCACAUCGAUUAAGCACAGUUAGAAAUGCCGACAUGAUUGCGGUCCUUCAUCGGGGGAAGAUAGUUGAGAAAGGAUCACAUUCAAGGCUAAUUCAAGAUCCCGAAGGCGCGUACUCUCAACUUAUUAAAUUACAGGAAAAUUAUAACUCAGAUGACCAAGAUAAAUCAGAAACCCGUAAAGAACUCAGAAGUCUAUCAAGUAAAAAAUUAUCCUUCCAACGGUCAAUGUCCAUCUCAUUAGAUUUACUGCCACAAAUUGGCGUCCCACCACCCGAAUCCACGGAUAUUGAAUCGCAACAAGAUUCAAAAAAGCAACCCACAGUCCCACUCCGCCGCCUUGCAUAUCUCAACAAACCAGAAAUACCAGUACUCAUAAUCGGUUCAAUAUCUGCUAUUAUUAACGGAACAAUAUUUCCCCUUUUUAGCAUACUGCUUUCAAGCAUGAUUAAAACAUUUUAUGAACCUCCACAGAAAAUGAAAUCGGACUCAAAAUUCUGGGCUCUAAUGUUUGUAAUCUUGGGAGUUGUAUCAUUUCUAGCUUAUCCUGGGAGAUCAUAUUUAUUCUCUGUUGCUGGGUCUAAACUAAUAAAACGAAUCAGAUCAUUAUGCUUUGAGAAAGUGGUUAACAUGGAGGUCGGUUGGUUCGAUAAGCCUGAAAACUCAAGCGGUGCAAUAGGUGCACGGUUGUCGGCUGAUGCAGCCAGUGUUCGUGGUUUGGUUGGUGACGCACUUGCUCAAAUUGUUCAGGAUUCCUCGUCGGUUGCCACCGGUUUAUUCAUUGCUUUUGCAGCCUGCUGGCAGUUGGCUCUCAUUAUUCUUGCUUUGAUACCGUUAAUGAGUGUUAAUGGAUAUGUUCAGAUGCGGUUUAUGAAAGGAUUCAGUGCUGAUGCUAGAUUGAUGUACGAGGAAGCAAGCCAGGUGGUGAAUGAUGCUGUCGGGAGUAUAAGGACAGUAGCGUCUUUUUGCGCAGAAGAGAAAGUUAUGCAACUGUAUGGAAGUAAAUGCGAGGGCCCCAAAAAGACUGGGAUAAAACAAGGGUUAAUUAGCGGGAUCGGGUUUGGCGUUUCGUCUGCUUUACUUUUUUGUAUGUAUGCCACUAGUUUUUACGCAGGAGCCCGGUUUGUUGAGGCGGGAAUAACUAAUUUCACAGAUGUUUAUAAGGUUUUCUUUGCUUUAGCAAUGGCGGCAUUAGCAGUGUCUCAAUCAAGCUCGUUUGCACCUAAUACAAGUAAAGCCAAAGGCUCCGCGGCCUCAGUUUUUGCAAUUCUUGAUCGAAAGUCAAAGAUUGACCCGGGUGAUGAAUCAGGUUUGACUUUGGAAAUGGUGAAAGGGGAAAUCAAGAUUCAUCAUAUUAGCUUUAGAUAUCCUACCAGACCCGAAGUUGAGAUAUUCCGUGAUUUGUGCUUAACAAUCCGUAGUGGCAAGACGGUGGCAUUGGUUGGUGAGAGUGGAAGCGGGAAAUCAACGGUUAUCCAACUUUUACAAAGAUUUUACAAUCCGGAUUCGGGCUCUAUCACAUUGGACGGAACUGAGUUGCAAAAAUUUAAACUCAAGUGGCUGAGGUUGCAGAUGGGUCUGGUUAGUCAAGAACCUGUCUUGUUUAAUGACACCAUUCGGGCCAAUAUUGCUUAUGGAAAGGAUGGUGAGGCCACAGAGUCUGAAAUAAUAGCUGCUUCCGAGUUGGCCAAUGCCCACAAAUUCAUUAGUGGCUUACACCAGGGUUACAAUACAAUGGUAGGGGAAAGAGGGGUGCAAAUGUCAGGUGGACAGAAACAAAGGCUUGCUAUUGCUAGAGCCAUAGUGAAGAGUCCCAAAAUACUACUGCUAGAUGAGGCUACUAGUGCAUUGGAUGCUGAUUCAGAAAGAGUGGUGCAAGACGCGUUGGAUAGGGUCAUGGUUAACCGAACCACAUUGGUGGUGGCUCAUCAGUUGUCAACUAUCAAGGGCGCUGAUGUUAUCGCAGUCAUCAAGAAUGGAGUAAUCGUUGAGAAAGGAAAGCAUGAAAAAUUAAUUAACAUUAAGGACGGAGUAUAUGCAUCAUUAUCACGCUCCACAUAAACUCUUCCA